UUUUUUCCGGACGUUGGGCUGUGCCUGUGCGGGGGAAUCGAUUUGUUACUGUGGGUUAAUUCGUUCCGAUUCGGUCGGUUUCCACUUUCCACGGGAGAGAGGCUGUAGCCUGCUGCUUUCCGUGGGCCUCCGAGUUUGGGGGCGCCGCGUGUGGUUAGGUCUGGGUUCCCUGAGGCCUGAGCGAUGGAUCCGCGGGCGAGGUACCCUCCCGGCACCGGCAACGGUCGCGGCGGGAACCCUAACUACAACGGCCGUGGCCCGCCGCCCGCGCAACAACAUCACCUGCAACCGCCGCCGCCGCAGGUACAGCAGCAAUACAUGCAGCGGCAGUCGCAGCACCACAACCAGCAGCUUCAGCAGCAGCAGUGGCUUCGGCGGAAUCAGAUUGCUGGCGAGGCCGAGGGCGCUGCAAGAGCCAGCGAGCACCACGCCCCGCCUGCCACCGAUGGCAUCGAUUCGAGUUCACAAGAUUGGAAGACCCAAUUGAAGCUUCCACCUCCAGAUACACGCUACCAAACAGAGGAUGUCACUGCAACCAAGGGAAAUGAAUUCGAAGACUAUUUUCUGAAGCGUGAACUUCUUAUGGGUAUAUAUGAGAAAGGAUUUGAAAGACCUUCUCCUAUCCAAGAAGAAAGCAUUCCUAUUGCAUUAACUGGCAGCGACAUUCUCGCUAGAGCUAAAAAUGGGACUGGCAAGACUGCUGCAUUUUGUAUACCUGCACUAGAAAAGAUUGAUCAAGACAAAAAUGCUAUUCAAGUUGCUAUAUUGGUCCCCACAAGAGAAUUGGCUUUGCAAACAUCACAAGUAUGCAAGGAACUUGGGAAACACCUGAAGAUUCAAGUCAUGGUUACUACUGGAGGAACCAGCCUGAAGGAUGAUAUCAUCCGUCUUCAUCAACCUGUUCAUUUACUUGUUGGGACGCCUGGUCGUGUCUUGGACCUUACAAAGAAAGGCAUUUGCAUUCUGAAGGACUGUUCAAUGCUUAUUAUGGAUGAGGCGGACAAGCUUCUUUCUCCUGAGUUCCAACCCUCUGUGGAACAGUUGAUUCGAUAUCUUCCAAUGAGUCGACAGAUUCUGAUGUUCUCUGCAACAUUCCCUGUGACUGUCAAAGCGUUCAAGGACAAAUAUCUCCCGAAGCCCUAUGUAAUUAACCUUAUGGACGAACUUACACUGAAGGGAAUUACCCAGUUCUAUGCUUUUGUUGAAGAAAGACAAAAAGUCCAUUGUCUUAACACUCUUUUUUCCAAGCUGCAAAUUAAUCAAUCAAUAAUAUUCUGUAACUCUGUAAAUCGUGUUGAACUACUGGCAAAGAAGAUCACAGAGCUUGGUUACUCUUGCUUCUACAUCCACGCUAAAAUGCUGCAAGAUCAUCGCAACAGAGUUUUCCAUGAUUUCCGUAAUGGUGCAUGUAGGAACCUUGUCUGUACAGAUCUUUUUACAAGGGGAAUAGAUAUCCAAGCUGUUAAUGUUGUUAUCAACUUUGAUUUUCCCAAGAACGCUGAAACCUAUCUCCACAGGGUUGGUAGAUCUGGGAGAUUUGGCCACCUUGGUCUGGCUGUGAAUUUGAUCACCUAUGAAGAUCGGUUUAACUUGUAUAGGAUUGAGCAGGAGCUUGGCACUGAGAUAAAACCUAUACCUCCUCAGAUAGACCGGACGAUAUAUUGCCAGUAGUUAUCCGGCAGAUCAAUCUUGUAUGCCCUACACUGGAGUAAUAAGACAACUUGUGUAAAUAGUAGCUCACCAGGUUUCAUGCUGUGGUAUAUCUUAUCCAAAGUUGUCGUGGGGCGCUCGGGGUCAGCUGAAAUUGUAGCCAGCUCAUCCAACUUCCAGCUGACCAUGUGUGUGUUGAUAUCUCAUGGCUAAGCUAACUUCCCGUUACAAUUUGACGGUAGUUCCCGGGCUAUUUGCUCAAACCAAUUUAGGUUUCUUUUCUUUUCACUUGUAUCGGCUAGGUUUUUCUACAGGACAUUUUAACCCUGACUCUUUCCUGAGUUGCCUUGGUGCAUACGCAUGGACCAUUCCACUUGGGCCAUGCCGCCACCAUGUCUAUGUGCCGUAGAUCUUGGGUAUGAGCUGCUCAUUUUCCCAGUAAUUUGUAUUUGUAUUCUGAUACAUCUUGUAUGCUAGAUUGGACUGGUUUACUAUGAUACUUAUUCGGUCCGAUCCA